AUGGCUUCCCCUCAUAUCGAGGAUCCAGGUCCCGCAAGCUUUCAACAACGCCUUGAACAGAUAAGGCCUAAUCUCAAGGCCCUAAAUGUUGAAACCCAGGAGCAGCGAGCUGCACUCUCGCAACGUCGAAACCUGUUAUUUGUGGCUUAUGGCUGCGAUAUAUACGUAUGGAUCCCGAAAGGAUCCCGACAGCUGCUCGGUGUCCGACCAGAAAUGAUCAUCCACCCAGUGAUGAAGCAGCCCCAGGCGGCUGGCUACAUUGAUCCGUCGGCACCUCAUAACGUAAACCAUAUCAUUGUGGAUGAUUUGGGAGUCGACGAAGUUUUGCUACUGGCGACGGACUCUGGCAACGUCACUGGCUACAACGUUGAGGCUAUCUUUUCAGAAAUUAAUCAGUGCGCAGAAUUCGGACAAAAAAGACCGUUUGAUGGGAUUGGAAUAAAACCUUUCUUCGCAGAGUAUGUCCAGAAGAGUGCUUGGGGCUUGGCAACUCAUAAGUUCGCCCGUCUGAUUGCCGUGAGCUCAAACACCGGCAAUAUCACGGUUUUUGCUUUUGCCAUGGUGGACCUUGCACCAGAGCGUGAAGAUAGCGACCCAAGUCCUUCUCAUAAUAUGGAAUCGGGAGACGAUGAAGGAGAAGAGCAAAUCUGGGUCAAAGUCAACAAAUUGGAUCAACUCAAUGAGAUCAAACACCAAAUGCCCAAUCACCGCAAACGCAACUUGCGGAUGAGCUACAAAGGUCAUUUCGAAAACAUUCCUUGCGUGUCAUUUGCCAACUUUGAUUUGGACCCGAAUGGCUUGUGGAUGGUUAGCACUGACAUUUUCAACCGGGUCGUUGUUUGGAGGGUCUGGGACGACUUGAGCCCCAUCCAGAUGUCCUAUCUUGGAAAUCCGCACAACAACCCUCCACAGAGGGGAUGGUUUGUCUUGCCCAUAGACCCGCGCAGAGUUCAACGACACAGUCUGAAAAUUGAUGCAUGUGGAUGUCAACCAAUACCAAAAAUGAUGCGGAAUCGGAUGAUACUCAAUGUAACGACUGCAAUGGACCAGAUCAGCGAAAUGUCAGUGGCCCUUGCUCUCAGGGUUUCUAGGUCUUCUAUGACCCACAGACCCCUGCCCGAGGAUAUAUUCUCGCCCGAUUGCUGUGUUGGGCCUGACUCUCAACCCCAUUAUUCAAGUUCACAGCAGGAUCUCCCACAGGCUUGUGGAGACUCUCAAACUGACCUAGACAACACUACGCCCCGUGCAUGGCUUCGUGCAACCCCUCCUAUUAUCGAUUUGAUUGAAGAAGACAACAAAAAUUCCGACGUCCACCCAUUCGAACUUCUUGUGCCACCAGUUCUUGAGGAGAAUGACCUACCGACUCUGGAGCGCAUCCCCGUUCAUCCAUCUAAACCUCGAUUCUUCCCCCUCCUACAUUUCUCCGAGCGUGAUAUCUGUUUGGCUCCAUACCCACUUGACGCCGAGUUUCAAACGCUCUGUAAAGCACCUCUUUGGCAACGCUCCUACAUGAAUGAGGAGAUUAACGCUGCCUGUGAUCGCUUUAACAUGGUCAAGUAUGUCCCUGAACUUGGGAUUGUUGUCGCUGCAUCCCAAAAAGGCCGUGUUGCUAUCAUUACCAUUACCUGGCAGGAGGAAAUUGGCGUUUCCUUCCGCCUCGACUGGAUUGUCCCUUUCUUUACACAGGAGAUGGCCGAUGAACGACCUAUGGUUCCUCUUCUUGGCAUCGCUGUGAGCCCUAUGCCAGGAUUCGAGAUCCCGCCAGAUGUACCCUGUAUCCCUCGGGAUGUCGAUCCUGACGAAUGGCUCGAAUUCAACUACCGCAUACUGAACCCUGAUAACGAUGAUCAGUCAGACGAUGAUCAGUCAGACGAUGAUCCAGCCACAACUACUUCCAAUAACCCCGACCAGGAUGCUUCCUUCACCGAGUCUACACCUGCUGGCCAGAAUGACUCCACGCGAGAACAAGGAUCCCAAACUAGCAAUCGUGCUUGUAACAUGUUCGAUGUUCCUCCGAAUCUCACACUUCCUGAAAUCCAUGCCCACGCCUCGGAUGUGUAUCAACCCCAUGAGACCUGGCAUGGAUCGCACCCAUCCCGACAUUACAGGCUUCUUCUGAUGUUCUGCGAUCAUACUGUCAUGAGCUACGAGUUCUGGCAUAACUGGAGGAAAUGA